GUCUGUCUGUCCUACCUCGCCGGGUCCUUACACAGUACUCCGUAGGUACCCUGCCUUGCGUUGCGUGCUCGCCCUCCGUCUCGUCCCCCUCCACCAGAAGCUAAAGCUCGGGCUACCAAGGUAUCCGUACGGAUAGAAGCGGUGCAGCUCCACCCCACGGCCAUGGCCCCCCAAAUCAUCCACCUCCCAGACGGACAGAAGUUCACGGUCACGCCAGUCUUUGCAGGCCUCUUCUUCAAAUCCCACGAGCUCAACACACACAACAACCCUUUCCCCAUCGGCUGGACGAUCGUGCUAAAUACCGAGGAUGUGCAACUCGAGGUGGACGGUGUCGACGGUGAGCAAGGCGAGGAAGACCGCGCCCACCGGCGACACAUACACAGCUUCAAACAGCCUACACUACAGGGCGAUAACCUCUUCAUCUCAUCAAUAUCACAGCCUUCGAGCACCGAGUUUAAGCCCGCCGCGAGCCCGACACGCCAGAUCGCCAUGAUGCUUUGGGUGACGCUCUACUGGUACUUCCAUCAACCACAACCCUCACCGUACCUCACGACCGAUGCAUCGAGGCUAACGCCGGAAGAAGCGCGGCCGAAGGGCGAGUGGCGCAUCAAUAUCAAGCGUGAUGGAGUACUCCGUGGUAGGAACCUUAUCCCAAAGCUUGAGCGCAUGGGACUCAUUGCAUCGCUGGAUUCCGCGGUGGGGACGAAUCUCAAGGAUAACGGCGAGGAAUGGUCGCAGAUGUUUGUCUCGCGGCGCAUGUUUUGGCAGAUACCGGGGCGACUCUUCUUGUUCACCCUGCAGCGUACCAGCGCCGCAUCGACAACGAACCCCGAAUCGCCAAACGGGAGCAGGCCGACUUCGCCUGCUCGAACCGAGUCGAUUCACUCAAGGCAUCACACACCCAUACACUCUCCGCACCAAUCCACGGGGGGCCGUUUCGAUGUUGACCUCCCCGGAGGGCCACCGCCGAUGACCAUGGUCACGACCUUGAACUUCCCUAUUGGACCGUUCUAUUCCAGUUCACAUCUCCCAACGUACUAUCCGCCGGCGCCUUUGAUGUAUACGGUCACCAAUGGCAUGCGCCAUCCCAUCCGCAGGAAACCAGGCCGGAUGGGUGAAGUCUUUUACUCGCGCUAUGUCCCGAGCGUUGGGCAGUAUCUGUCGUUCCGUGUGGCGUCACUUACACCAGAGCCUGUCCCCUACCUUGGACCCUUGGGCCCCAAGCCUGUCGAGAAUAGCCACCUCGCCAGCCUAUCUGACACAGAGCUGCUGCAGUCGUGGCUGGCGAACCCGCGAGUACAGAAGUUCUGGGGAGACUACUCGCCAGACUUUUUGAGUAAUGCGCUGAGCUCCAAGCACUCGUUCCCGGUGAUUGGCAUGUGGGACGGAGUGCCGUUUGGGUAUUUCGAGAUCUACUGGGUCAAAGAGGAUAUCCUGGGCCAGAAGCUGGGUAACGAUGCUGGGGACUACGACCGCGGCAUCCAUGUCUUUGUUGGCGAGGAGUGGGCUCGAGGACGGGUGCCGGCGUGGCUGACCAGCUUGGUGCACUGGUGCCUUACUGACGACUAUCGCACGAUGCAUGUUUGUUUGGAGCCACGGAUAGACAACGCGAGGUAAGACGCUCGAAGAAUACAGAGGACGAAGACAGCAGGCUAACUCUCGAGUCACAGGUUCCUGCAACAUCUUCAAUAUGCAGGCUUUGCCAAAGAACGCGAGGUUGCGUUCCCUCACAAGCAGUCCUAUCUAAUGAAGUUGAAUAGGGAUGCCUGGGAAGGGCCAGGUUUGUGAUAGAAUGCGUGAUUUUCUUUCGAUGAGAAAAUACUGGAAAAGAAUCACAACACUAUACAACACUGUAGUUGAAGUAAAAAAGCGAGGGUUGAUCACGUUUGAGCACUUACAUACGGCAGGCAGCAGAUUCGCAGAGGCGAUGUUGUGCUUAUGAUGGAUGAU